AUGAGAUUUCUCUCUUCUUCGCCACUCAACUCUUAUCUUCUCGCCGUUCGCUUCUAUUCGAAUACCGCUAAAAUGUCACUGGAAACGGCCUACUUUGGGAUGCAAUGCUUCUGGGGAGUCGAGUCUUCGUUCGCCAAGAUUCGGGGAGUGAAAAAGACGAGAGUCGGAUAUGCUGGUGGAACGACACCGAAUCCAAACUAUCGAGAUAUUGGAGAUCAUACAGAAAUCACCGAGGUGCGAUUCGAUCCGGCCGAGGUCGACUACCGCACCGUUUUGGCGUGGUUUUGGAAGAGACACGAUUCGACUGAAAAGCACAAGAAGCAAUAUCAGAGCGCCAUUCUCUACACGAGCGAUGAGCAAAAAGCGGCUGCUGAGGAAACGGCUAAAGAAGUCGAGGCUAAAAAGGGUCGCCCGCUUGACACGUACAUCCAGAAAUUCGAUAAAUUCUACCAGGCCGAGGACUAUCAUCAGAAAUAUUGGCUACGAGGACGGGGACAGUAUAUUCAUGAUCUCGGUUUGGAUAACGCGAACUUGGCCGACUCGUAUCUAGCGACGAAGUUGAACGCCUAUUUGGCUGGAUACACCGAUUUCACUGAACUUGAUCAAUUGGCCGCUGAGCACAAGAUUCCCGAGGAUCUCAUCACGGACAUCAAAGAGAUCGCCAACAAUGGAGGUGAUCCAAGAAAUUGUCACCAU